AUCUCGGGCGUACGCGCCGCAGGGAGGUCGGCGAUUCCUCUCGUUGUUCUCGUCCUUGUUGUCGUCGUCGUCAUCGUCGUCGUCGUCGUCGAUUGUCCGGUCGGGCGCAGCCUCUUGACCGUCGACAAAUAUGCGGAAAGUGUGGUCGAAGGGCGUCUGAAGAUGCAGCCUCGAUCGGCCCCUUCGUGCGGGACGGAAAUCAAGUCGCGUCCUCGUCUUCGCGCCGCUCCACGUCGUCGCCGUCGUCGUGACGUCGUCGUCGGGACGCCGUUCAUACCGCUCGCUGGCCUGCGAAUCGGUCCCGCGGGACCGAAAACCGCCGAGGGAUGCUCGCGGAAAUGGUCCGGCUCUCCUACCAGCACAGGGCGUUCUACUGCUACGUGAUUCUGAGCGUGUGGAUCUUCCUGCUGGUCGCUGGUAUGUACAAAUAUAUCGGCGUAGAUGAGAAAACCUCGGUGCAAACGAGAGUCCCGAACAAUGAUUUGUCGCUGCGGGAAUUCCCGAGGAAUUUGAAAUCGGACGCGAAGACGAAGAAGAUCUUUCGUUUUUGCAAUUUGCCGCACGAGAUAGCCGCAGACACCGAAGGGAAGCUCGACGGCAACCUGACGCUGAGCGGCGUCCUGAUCUUCAUCCGUCACGGCGACCGCGGUCCGCUGACGCACAUACGGAACAUAAGCAGCAUCAACUGCGGCGGCGGCGAGCUCGGCGCCGCGAGCGAGCUCGAGACCAUCUACGAGAACUACGUGAGCUUCGUGCAGAACGCGUCGAGCUACUCGCGUGCCGCCUGGGCCCAGUUCCUGGGUCCGUUUCACGGCCUCCCGGUGCUGCCGGCGAACGCGCGCGACUGCCGGAUCGGCCAGCUCACCACCCUCGGCGUGCUGCAGCUGCUGAAGACCGGGGUCGCGCUGAGGAACGCGUACUACCACCGGCUCAACCUCGGCAACGGCACUUCCUUCGGCAAGGACGUUAUCGUCUACAGCACCUCCUACCGCAGGACCGUGCAGAGCGCGGUCGCGCUGCUUUACGCGCUCUUCGAGAACGACGGCUUCCAGAGCCUGGCGAGGAUCAGCCUGCAGGAGAGCCAGAGCUAUGCGUUCUGCAACAACGAGUGCGCCUGUCCCGCCGCCGAGAAGUUCCUGAAGCAGCACCUGAAGGAGACCUCGAACCAUCUGAAAUCCCACCCGGCCGUCGGGGAGCUGAUCAAGCAGGCGGCGAGCGCCGUGUUCGAGCUUCCGGAUCAGGCGCAGACGUGCGACCCGAACACGCUGCGGGACGCCCUGUUGGCGUACGUGUGCCACGGCGCCUCGCUGCCGUGCGCGGACCUCGACGCCCAGCGCACGUGCGUGAAGAGCGACCACGUUACCGGGCUGUUCGCCUACACGGACUGGGAGUCGAAGCAGAUAGCCAAGAGCAGCAGCCGCACCAAGUACGGGCUGCUGAAGGCGUACGGGAUGCUGCGCGGCAUCGUCACCUUCAUGCUGCGCAUCAUCUCCGAGGCCAGGCCCAAGAUCGUCCUCUAUUCCGGCCACGACAAGACCCUGGAGUACCUCGCCACCGCCCUCGGCAUAGUCCCCGACGUGGCGACCCACUACGCCUCGCGGGUCGUCAUCGAGGUCUACAAGAUCAAUCCGCGAAACGACAAUCGCCUCGCCAGCGACUUCUACUUCCGCGUCGUCGCCAACGGCCGUGACCUCACGCCGAGGGUGCCGUUCUGCAGGAACGCCAACACCUACGUCAGCGACGACGGGGAGUUUAUGGGCAAGAGGGGCGUCAAGCUGUGCCCGAUCGAGAACAUCGUCAGGCAAUUGCACGACGAUUACUUCGUGCCGUUCAACGCGACGAACUUUAAGGACGCCUGUUCGAGUCACAAGAUUCGCUGAAAUUAACGCGAACAUACUCUAGGCUCGUAAAAUAAGAUCGAUCCGUAGGAAAAAUAGGCGAGUUAAAAGGAAUGAAAGAGAGAGAGAGACUCAUCUUCGUUGAUAGCAAGAUAUUAUAUAUUCUCUUAAAAAUGGCAAAUGGCUUCGUCCCAGAAUAAAAAUAAGUAGAAGAGCGGAGAAGCAUUUUGACAUGUAAGGCCAGUCUCUCAUUGUAGAGAUCAGAAGAUUAUGACUUCGCAAGGAUGAAUUCUUAUCAAUUCUUUUUAAUUCACCUACUUCUCGUAUGACAGUCAUAUUCCUUCCCCGACUAUUAGUACAAAAAGCAAUUACGAUAAAACGAAAAGAACAAGAUUGAUCGUGCUUUAAACAGAAUCCAGUUGACAAGUGUCUUCAUCCCGAGUGACAGCAUCAGGAAAACGACAUGCAACUCGCGAUAUAUAAAAAGCUUAUUAUAAUCCAUUGGUAAAUAAAUAAUGAACGCGUUUUACGGCGUACAAGGCACGCAGGUUUACAUAUUUAUACCUACAAUAUAUCUAUAUAUAACUUACACAACAACUUAUGUCGUAAAUAAAAGCAACUUCUGGCUUAAAGCCGAUUUCUGCAGAAAUUGCUUUUACUUACGUUAACAUUCGAUAAAAGCCUCUCGUGUGUCUUACAACGCUAAAACCUACUUUUACACGCACACUUCUUGCUUAUUAAUAACGUCUCAUUAUUCAUGUUUUCUCGCAAUUCACAGGCGACACCUUGAGAAUUGCGUCACCAAGAUCAAUAAGAGAAAGAUAGCAUCAAUCAAAGUCUCGCAUGAAAAUGAUGAAUUAAAAAAAUAUAUUUAAAAAACCGGCAGUCUAUUACAGAGUCCGUAUAAAUGCCCAGUUUCAAUUAUUUCCGGUCGAGCUGACGAAAUUUACAUUCUCUUCAUUGGUUGUUUGAUGAUUAAUUACGGCGAUGCAAAUCGUGCAGUCGAACGGAAAUCGAAAUCCCAUGCAGAUCGAUCGACGAUUGCAUUUAGUCAUAAAAUACAGAACGCGUUUAUCAAAAAUGGAAAAUGUGUGUAAUACAUAAUAAAGUGCAAUCGUAAACAA